AUGAAUUGCGUUAAUGAAAAUAUUCAUGCAACUUCUUCCAGGGAAUCUUCUUCAGAGGAAGGAGCAAUUUGGAUUGAGCACGAUGAAUUUCCACCAGUACAAAUAUUUUUUCCAAUGCUAAUGGUAUAUCGGGUUACUUUCGAAUGGUUCGGUGAUGCAUAUGAGCUUAUUGAGUCAGAUAAUAUCAGAAUACAAUUUACUUCAUUACCAGAAUCAUCAGUGAUGAUUACGAUCACUGAGAGAAGCAUCCAUCAAACUUUACAUUCUAAAUUGGCCAAAUUUGCAAAGAUGGCAGUCUUAAUGAAUUAUGGACCGCUGAUCAAUUUUUUUGGAACAGGAAUAUCUUUCAUCAUUGAUAGUGAGAAGAGGCUAAAAAGGCGAUUGCAAUUUUUAUUUAAAACGCUUGAAACUAAUAGUUUUUGCGAUUGCGAAGAAAUCGAUGUAAAAAAUGCUUUUUUUAUUGUGGAUAGUUCCACUGAAACCCCGUGUAAUCUUUAUAAAAUAUCACGGCAGUUAACUUAUUCAAUUGGACCUAAUAAGCUUUUAUUAUUCAACAACGGGCAUAUAGUACGGUGUUCAUCAAUUUUUGAUAUUAAUAGCAAUGGCUCAUUGGAUAACAAUUAUUUAAAUAAAUUGGAAAAUAUUAUUUCGCAAGAAGAAAUUCAAAAAACAUAUGUUGUCGAGCAGAUUUGGUUAGAAAGGCCGUCGAAGAUCUUCCAAUUAUUAAAUAUUUAUCGAUUCAUUCUGUCAAAAGAUUGCCUUCUUGUGUGUAUUAAUGAUAGCAACUUUGGUGAAAUUCUCUACAAUAUACAAUUAAUUCGUAACAAUAUGGAUAUGGACCAUUUAACAAAAUCUAAUUCUCAUGUGAAGCGGGUUGAUGAAUUGAUUAAAUUAUUUGAUGAAUGUAUGCGAUUAGCAUUCGUCAAGCAAUAUGAUGAUGGCGAUUUUCAUUCCUACAACACUACGUUUCUAGGAGACAUUUCAAAGACUAUAAAGUUGGUUCAUGAUCAGUGGAAUAAAAUUAAAGGUGAAUUGUCGGACAACAUGCAAUCACGAAAUUCGCCUCUUUUAUGUAAGACACUGUCGUUUUUAAGCUUAUCUUCCGUAUGUUCAUCUACUUCGACCGUAAAUAAUGUGGAUGUAAAAAAGAAUCAACAAAAUAAACGAAGACUGGAAUCAUUGAGAAGAAUCCUUCUGAACAUUUUCCGAGAAAUAUGCUUACAAUCAUUUCAUACGACGACGAAUCAUUUACCAAAUUUUAUUGACACUCUUCGAGCCAAUCUUUUCUUAUAUCCAUUAAAAUAUCAAAUAUUGUCAUUUGAUCAACAACUUUGCCUAAUGCGCUCAAAAUUCGAUCCGUUCACGCUUGGAUUCGAUAUAUUAGCAUAUAUCGUUGUAGAUAUUACAAGAAAUUUGCGAUUGGAAUAUAAAAAUGAAGAUAUAAAAAUAACGGAGGAAUUGGAAAAUUUCCUUCAAUCGAUGGAUUAUUCGAAGCAUACAAUGUCAUUUAUCGAGGCUGGCGAUGGCACAGAUUAUUUAGCAUUUCAGGUCAUUUAA